UCACAGCAUAGCUUAUUAUGUUUGCUAUGUUCCGCUAUAUGUUACUGUUAAAUUCGCUAUUAACGAAAGGUGGAACACUUUUAGGGUGGUGGUCUUCGGCCAAUGCUAUCCAAAACGAGCAGUGGCCGUACGGCUCCAUAAUGCAUAAUUAAAAUUUACAGUAAAGGUAUUGAAUCACGCUGAUGUUGGUAACGUAGAAUAAGUUACCCCUCACUCCCUUUGCUCAGCCUCAUUCUAGUUAUAAGGUGACAUCAAUUGCCUGUCUAUAUGCAUUAUUUGUUGCUAGGAAUCUGGAAUUUGCAGUUUUCGUCCCGCCCCGAUCGAGCAGACGCGUUGUUCACAUAGCACUUCUCAUAUAUUCCUCCAACCGCUAUUCUAUUCAUUUCAAAACAAACAGCACAGUAUAUCACAAUGCUCCAAAAUUAUGCUGCGUUCAUCACUUCUCCGCGCCAGAGACCGCUUGAAAUUCGACAAGUCCCUCACGCAGCCCCAGAGCCGAAUCAAAUCAUAAUCCGAAACCGUGCCAUUGGUAUCAACCACAUCGAUUGGAAGAUCCAAGACCAUGAAUUUGCGCCCUUUCGAUACCCUGGUGUCUUAGGCCACGAGUCCGCGGGGGAAGUAGUGGAGGUGGGCAGCAACGUUUCACGCUUCCGAGUGGGUGACCGCGUGCUGGCUGAAGGAACUUGCAUGGCCACACAAAAGGAUACAGAUGGAUCAUUUCAGCUGUACACCGUUGUCCCAGAACACGUUGCUAGCCCUAUACCAGAUACUCUAUCAUACGAAAAGGCAACUGUUUUGCCGCUCGGCUUGUCUACUUCUAUAAUGGGGCUUUAUGCUCCAGACACUCUUGAGUUAGACUAUCCCUCUCUUAAGCCAAAACCUCAAGGAGAAACUAUAGUUGUUUGGGGCGGUUCGUCAUCUGUCGGUAGCAACGUUAUCCAGUUGGCCGUUCACGCUGGCUACGAAGUGAUUGCAACUGCAUCAAAGCAUAAUUUUGAGAACGUCCGGAACCUGGGCGCAACUGCAGUUUUCGACUACCACGAAAAAACCGUCGUCGAUGACCUCGUUUCUGUGCUGAAAGGAAAAGUAAUCAAAGGGUCGUUUGACGCUGUCGGGCUUGCCGAAACUUCAAUCCCCUUGGCCAAUGUCAUUCUCCAAACAGAAGGAAGCAAAAGGCUGGUAUCAGUACUAGGACCUCCUGCUGAUUUACCCCAAGGUGUUGUUUUCAAGAUGGCAUGGGCAAUAGUAAAUCCGCCUCAGUUGGGACUCGCGAUAUAUAAAAACUUUUUGCCGGAUGCUCUGGCCAAAGGGGUUUACCUUACAUUUCCCGAACCUACCGUUAUUGGUACAGGUUUAGAACAAAUUCAGGAAGGAAUGGACCUUCUCAGUAAAGGUGUCUCCGCAAAAAAAUUAGUCGUCUCUUUGUGAGAAUAGGUCGAAUUAUGGUGACUUUAGCAAAUACAAAGCUUCUUGAUUCUGUGAAUCUUUCACGAUAUUCUGGAAAAUGUUUUUAUUAACCAGUGAGAAGUUUAAGAGUGCAUAACCGCAUAAAAAUGUAUCUAGCUCGCAAAUGA